CGGGGCGGGGGGGCCCCGCCAUGGAUCCCCAGUCCCUCAACGAGUCGCUGCAGGAGCUGCUCUGCCGCGCCGGGAACGGCACCGGGAACGGCACCGGGAACGGCACCGGGAUCAACAGCUCUGCCUGCGACCUCCUCCGCAGGGGCCUCCGUGGGCUCCCUGCGCCCAGAGAGCUGGACGUGGCGGUGCGCGUGGUGCUGUACACGCUGAUCUUUGUGCUGAGCGUCGGGGGCAACACGCUGGUUGUGGCCGUGCUGGCUCUGAACCGGCGGCUGCGCACCGUCACCAACUGCUUCCUGCUGUCCCUGGCGCUGAGCGACCUGCUCCUGGCACUGUGCUGCAUGCCCUUCACCCUGCUGCCCGGCCUCAUGGGCGCCUUCGUCUUCGGCGACACCGUCUGCAAGCUCGUCGCCUACCUCAUGGGAGUGUCAGUGGCCGUGUCCACCUUCAGCCUGGUGGCCAUCGCCCUCGAGCGCUACAGUGCCAUCUGCAACCCGCUGCAGUCGCGUGCCUGGCAGACGCGGUCCCACGCCUGCCGCGUCAUCGCUGGCACCUGGGCACUGGCAGCGCUGCUGAUGCUGCCCUACGCCGUGUACAGCACCACGCGCCCCGCCGCCCCCCACGCCCCCCGCCCGCCCCCCGUGCAGUGCACGCACCACUGGCCCAGCGAGCGCAUCCGGCAGGCCUGGUACGUCCUGCUGCUCCUGGUCCUCUUCUUCAUCCCGGGUGUGGUGAUGACGGUGGCGUACGGGCUCAUCUCCCGCGAGCUCUACCGUGGCAUCCGCUUUGAGCUGCAUGUCAAGGGGGAGGCGACAGCCCAGCGUGGUGCCGGGGGGGACACAGUGCCCGGCUGUGAUGAGGGGGACGGGUGCUACCUGCAGCUGUCGCGCCCGGGCGCGGCGCUGGAGCUGCGGGCGCUGGGGGCGGACGCGCAGCAGGACCGGGCACGUGUCAACAGCUCAGGGGCCCAGCUGGCGGCCAAGCGGCGCGUGAUCCGCAUGCUGGUGGUCAUCGUGGCCAUGUUCUUCCUCUGCUGGCUGCCCAUCUUCGCCGCCAACACCUGGCGCGCCUUCGCCCCGCGGGCGGCCCAGAGGGCGCUCUCGGGGACCCCCAUCGCCUUCAUCCACCUGCUGUCCUACACCUCGGCCUGCGCCAACCCCCUCAUCUACUGCUUCAUGAACCGCCGCUUCCGCAAGGCCUUCGGGGCCACCUGUGCGGGCUGGGGGUGCCGCCGUGCCUGCCCCCGCCGCCCCCCCGACGACGAGCCCCCCAUGGCCAGCGCCUCGCUCUCCAAGUUCAGCUACACCACCGUCAGCAGCCUGGGCCCCCCCUGAGCCAGAACCCUGAGCUGGACCCCUUUGAGCCCCCCCAGCACCGGUGCCUGGGGCCCCCUUGAGCCCCUACCCCAUGAGCCCGCUCCUCCGUGAGCCCCCCGUGGCCAGAGCCUCACUCUCCAAGUUCAGCUACACCACCAUCAGCAGCCUGGGCUCCCGUGAGCUGGGACCUGCCAGCCCCCUCACACCAGUGCCUGGGGCUUCCCUGAGCCCAGCCCCCCUGAGCUGGACCUCCCCCAGCCGGACUCCCUCGAGCCAGACCCCCACCUCGCAACCCCCGGGCGCUGCCAGCACCUCCUGUGCCCCCUCACCUCCCUGUGCCUCCCAGCUCAGGGCACUCCCA